AUGGAGAAGGCAAUAAAUCAACAGUGCCCUUACUAUCUAAGCUCAUAUUUAAUACUAGUGUCUUGCAACAUGACAACAAUGCCUAGAUUCUUGAUGCAUAUCAACCAUAUCGAUACACUGGACCUUUCGAACAAUAUAAUACAGGGGACUAUACCCCAAUGGAUAUGGGAGACGUGGGAUGAUAGCCUUACACAGUUAAAUCUUUCAAACAACAUGUUCACAGAUAUGCAACUCACUUCAUAUCUACUCCCAUACAGUCGUUUGGAUUCUCUUGAUCUCAGCUCCAAUAGACUUCAAGGCCAGGCCCCGAUGCCAAACCUAUUUAAAGAAGUGGAUUAUUCAAACAAUAGAUUCUCUUCUAUUAUGCCAAAUUUCACUGCUUAUCUUUCCCAAACUGUGUAUCUCAAGUUGUCAAGAAAUAACAUAAGUGGGCAUAUACCGGAUUCGACAAUAGAUUUACAUGGCAAUAAUAUUCGAGGGAAACUUCCUAGGUCUCUUUCCAACUGCGCUGGCUUGGGGAUUCUUGACAUUGGAAACAAUCGGAUGGUUGGUACUUUCCCAUUUUGGCUCGGUAGGCUCUCUGAUCUUCGUAUCAUCGUUCUGGGAUCCAACCUGUUCUAUGGCUCGCUUACUUAUCCUGCCAGAGAUAGAAAAUCUAGGGAAUACUUCUCAAAGAUACAAAUCUUUGAUAUAGCUUCAAACAAUUUCUCUGGCAAUUUGGAUCCACAGUGGUUCGGGAGGUUCGCAUCUAUGAUGGCAAAGUUUAGUGAGACGGGAAAUAUCUUAAGGCAUCAGAUAUACGGAGACUACCAUGAUACUGUUGCAAUCACAUACAAAGGUCAAUAUGUGACUUUUGAAGAAGUCUUGACUACCUUAACCGCAAUUGACUUCUCAAAUAAUGCAUUGGAGGGUGACAUUUUCGAAUCAGUUGGAAGUCUAGUUUCACUACACAUAUUGAACAUGUCACAUAAUGCAUUUAAAGGAAGGAUUCCAGCACAAAUUGGUGAGAUGCGUCAACUGGAAUCGCUAGACCUAUCAUGGAACAAGCUUUCUGGGGAGAUUCCACAAGAGCUAACAAAUUUAACAUUUCUUAGCACCCUGAACUUGUCUGGAAAUAGGCUGGAUGGAAGGAUACCACAGUCAAGUCAGUUUGCAACAUUUGAGUACACUUCAUAUGAAGGGAAUGCAGGGCUCUGUGGACCACCUUUGUCCAAACCAUGUGGUAAUUCAAGUAACCCAAAUGAGGCACAAGUAAGCAUAUCCAAAGAUCAUGUUGAUGUCAUUUUGUUUCUCUUUACUGGGUGGGCUUUGGCGUUGGAUUCGCGGCAGGUAUUCUGUUGA